AUGUAUGCUCAGGAGAGAAGAAGAACCCUACAGGAACGGACCAUGUCUUCUCAACAGGAACCUCCAGUCAUGCAGCAGGAAGUCCCCAAGAUAAUGCCCAGAGAACCCAGUCUCCCCGCCAGAAGCAGUGAGCCCCAAACCCUCUCUCUCUCUCUCACACCUCUGACUUUCCUUGUUCUUCCUGUUCUCUCCUCUGACUUCUCUUGUCCUGUCUCUCUCUAUUCCGGAUCUCUCUCUGUUUCUUCUUGUUCUCUCUACUACUCUGGGCUCUCUCCUGGUCUUCUAUUCCUUCUUUUAUUUUUAUUCUCUCGCUCUCUCAUUAACAUCUUCUCCUCUCUCUAUCUAAUCUCUAUUCUCUCUAUUACCCCUCUUCUUUUUUCUAUCUCUCUCUUUCCUCUUCUUAUCUGUUCCUCUCUUUUUAUCCUCAGCCCCUAAAUUUUUUUAUCUCUCUCUUCUCUAUCUCCUACUCUCUCUUAUCUAUCUUUCUCUGUCUCUUUAUCUGUUCUUCUAUCUUCUCUUGUAUAUCUUCCCGGUUCUUUGUCUCUCUUUCGCUUUUUCUCUUACUCUCUUUCUUAUCUCCUCUUUCUCCUUCUCUAUUUUUCUCUUCUUAUAUCCUUUUUAUCUCUCUAUCUUCCUCUCUAUAUCUCUCUCUCUCAUAACUAAUCCUAUCUUCUCUCUCUCCUCUUCCUCUCUCUCAACAACACACAACCACACAAAAAACACACAAAAAACAAAUCUCCCUUUUCUUCGCGACUCUCUCUCUCUUUCUAUCUUUACUCUCUCUUCUUUCUCAAUAAUCUCUAUCCUUCUUCUCUAUUCUUAUCUCCCUCUCUUCUCUCUUCUUUUCUUCUUAUUCUCCCCCUCAUAUUUUCUCCCUCCUCUUUCUUUAUCUCUCUCUCUCUCUUUAUCCUCUCUCCCCGCUGACUCAUCCUCUCCUAUUCUCUCUCACACAACACAACAACACACAACUUUUUUUCUAUCGGGACUAUUCUCUUCUUCUGUUUCUCUUCAUCUAUUUCUCUCUCUAUUUUCUCUCUCUUUCUAUCUCUUUAUCUCUCUCUCUUUAUCUUCUUCUACUCUCUCUCUGCUUGAACUCUUCUCUCGCUAUUCACUCUUCUCUCCUUCUCUUCUCUAUCUCUCUAUAUCUUCUCUCUCUUGUCUCUGUCUCUGUCUCUGUCUCAUUCCUCUAUCGCUGUCUCUCGCUCUCUGUCUCUCUCUCUGGUCUCUCUGCUCUAUCUAUAUCUCUCUUCUCUCUCUCUCUUCUUGUUCUCUCUCUCUCUUAUCUCUCUCUCUCUCUUGUUCUCUCUCUUCUCUCUCUCUCUCUCUCUCUCUCUCUCUCUCUCUCCUCAAAACAUGACAAAGUCACCUGAUUUAUCAGUGGUGGAAAAAGUACCCAAUUGUCAUACUUGAGUAAAAGUAUAGAUACCUUAAUAGAAAGUUAUUUAAUAAGUGAAAGUUACCCAGUAAAAUACAACUUGAGUAAAAGUCUAAAAGUAUUUGGUCCUUAAUAUGCUUAAGUAUCAAAAGUAAAUGUAAUUGAUAAAAUAUACUGAAGUAUCAAAAGUAAAAGUAUAAAUAAUUUCAAAUUCCUUAUAUUAAACAAAGCAGACGGCACCAUUUUCUUGUUUUAAAAAUGUAUGGAUAGCCAGAGGCACACUCCAACACUCAGAUAUAAUUGACAAACGAUGCAUUUGUGUUUAGUGAGUCCGCCAGAUCAGAGGCAGUAGGGAUGACCACGUAUUCUCUUGAUACGUGUGUGAAUUGGACAAUAUUUCUGUCCUGCUAAGCAUUUAAAAUGUAACGAGUACUUUUGGGUGUCAAGGAAAAUGUAGGGAGUAAAAUUAUUUUCUUUAGGAAUGUAGUGAAGUAAAAGUAAAAGUAGUCAAAAAUAUAAAUAAUAAAGUACAAAUAUGCCCAAAAACGACUUAAGUAGUACUUCAAAGUAUUUAUACUUAAGUACUUUACACUACUGUGAUUUAUGCUGUUAUAACCCCUGUCUCUAUCGCUCUGCCUCUGUAUUCCUCAGCGUCUCUGCGUAAAGCUAUGUCCCUCCAGAACCUGAGCCAGAUAGAGACACCCUGGGAAGGGGUCACACUUAACCGCUGUCUGUUCAUAGCUAUCGCAAUCCUGCUGCUCAGCUCCGGCUUUCAGAAACUACAUGGCAAGUACACAAGUGUAGACCACGCCCCACUACACAUACUAUAUACAAUUAUGUCAAGUUGGUAAAGCACAAUGAAUAUACAUUUUGGGGGGUCAACUUGAACUCAAACCAGUAAGUGACAAUGACACAGACAGACACACAUUUAUUUGUAGGUUACAAAGAGUGUUUCCAUCCCUAAUGUGAGCGUCCUGUCAUCCUAUAGAAACCAUAAAAGGUCGACGGGCUGUGGCAGAAGAGGAGUAUGAUGAUGCGCUGACUGUGAGGCACUCAGCAAUGAGAUACAAAGUCCAACCACAGGAGGUAGUGGCACAGACACAAAAUACUCUCCUGUCUCUCCAGGCUCAGAAUCCUCAUUGCCAACAUGGUAUGGAUUACAGGAGAUUUGCUGCAAAGUGCCACUCCUAAAGGCCUGCAGUGUGUGAUGGUUUUCAUCUGCACUUUGCAGAUCAGCUACUACUGUCACUGACGGUUAGCUGGAGCAUCCAUUCAAAUGGCUGGCUUCUCAAGUAGGUUCAGGUGACACAGGAUGUGUAUGGAAUCAUACUUCUAUACUAUUUAGUAGGGAUGAGUAUGUGUGAGCAUUUAUUAGGUAGUAUACACAUAUGGGGUAGUAUGCUGAUUAUGCUUGAAAGACUAGGAUGGCAUACUACAUUCAGCAAAAAUGUAUAGGUGACCUCUACAUUCCUAUUCAGGAAGUGUUUUUAUUUGUUAUUUUACCCCUGAAUCAGAGGAGGCUGGUGGGGGGAGCUAUAUGAGGAUGGGCUCAAUGUAAUGGCUGAAAUUGAAUAAAUGGAACGGUAUCAAACAUAGAGAAACCAUGUUUGACUAUUUAUUGAUUCCAGCCAUUACAAUGAGCCCGUCCUCAUAUAGCUCCUUUCACCAGCCUCCUCUGCCCUGAAUGUAUUGAGGGCUGAGACAUCUGUGUCUCGUUGAUGAGUGAUGCGAUUGUAUGCUGAAGUUUGCAAACAAACUACAUACUAUACGGAACAAAAAUAUAAACGCAACAUGUAAAGUGUUGGUCCCAUGUUUCAUGAGCUGAAAUAAAGGAUCCCAGAAAUGGUUCAAUAUGCACAAAAAGCUUAUUUCUCUAAAAUGUUGUCCACAAAUUUGUUUACAUCCCUGUUAGUGAGCAUUUCUCCUUUGCCAAGAUAAUCCAUCCACCUGACAGGUGUGGCAUAUCAAGAAGCUGAUUAAACAACAUGACCACCUUGUGCUGGAGACGAUAAAAGACCACUCUAGAAUGUGCAGUUUUGUCACACAACACAAUGCCACAGAUGUCUCAAGUUUUGAGGGAGUGCCAGAGAAUGUAAUGUUCAUUACUCUACCAUAAGCCACCUCCAACGUCGUUUUAGAGAAUUUGGCAGUACGUCCAACCGGCCUCACAACUGCAGACCACGUGUAACCACGCCAGCCCAGGACUUCCAUAUCCGGCUUCUUCACCUGCGGGAUUGUCUGAGACCAGCCACCCGGACAGCUGAUGAAACUGUGGGUUUGCGCAACCGAAUAAUUUAUUCACAAACUGUCAGAAACUGUCUCAAGUAAGCUCAUCUGCGUGCUCGUCAUCCUUACCAGGGUCUUGACCUGACUGCAGUUUGGCGUUGUAACCGACUUCAGUGGGCAAAUGCUCACCUUCGAUGGUCACUGUCACGCUGGAGAAGUGUUCUCUUCACGGAUGAAUCCCGGUUUCAACUGUACCGGGCAGAUGGCAGACAGCGUGUAUGGCGUCUUGUGGGCGAGCGGUUUGCUGACGUCAACGUUGUGAACAGAGUGCGCCAUGGUGGCGGUGGGGUUAUGGUAUGGGCAGGCAUACAGUGCCUUGCAAAAGUAUUCAUCCCCCUUAGCAUUUUUCCUAUUCUGUUGCAUUACAACCUGUAAUUUAAAUGGAUUUUUAUUUGGAUUUCAUGUAAUGGACAUACACAACAUAGUCCAAAUUGGUGAAGUGAAAUGAAAAAAAUAACUUGUUUCAAAAAAUUCUAAAAAACUAAUAACGGAAAAAUGGUGUGUGCAUAUGUAUUCACCCCCUUUGCUAUGUAGCCCCUAAAUAAGACCUGGUGCAACCAAUUACCUUCAGAAGUCACAUAAUUAGUUAAAUAAAGUCCACCUGUGUGCAAUCUAAGUGUCACAUGAUCUCAGUAUGUAUACACCUGUUCUGAAAGGCACCAGAGUCUGCAACACCACUAAGCAAGGGGCACCACCAAGCAAGCGGCACCAUGAAGACAAAGGAGCUCUCCAAACAGGUCAGGGACAAAGUUGUGGAGAAGUACAGAUCAGGGUUGGGUGCCAAGAGAGGGCCGCCCACCAAAACUCACGGACCAGGCAAGGAGGGUAUUAAUCAGAGAGGCAACAAAGAGACCAAAGAUAACCCUGAAGGAGCUGCAAAGCUCCACAGCGGAGAUUGGAGUAUCUGUCCAUAGGACCACUUUAAGCCGUACACUCCACAGAGCUGGGCUUUACGGAAGAGUGGCCAGAAAAAAGCCAUUGCUUAAAGACAAAAAUAAGCAAACACGUUUUGUGUUCGCCAAAAGGCAUGUGGGAGACUCCCCAAACAUUUGGAAGAAGGUACUCUGGUCAGAUGAGACUCAAAUUUAGGUUUUUGGCCAUCAAGGAAAACGCUAUGUCUGGCGCAAACCCAACACCUCUCAUCACCCCGAGAACACCAUCCCCACAGUGAAGCAUGGUGGUGGCAGCAUCAUGCUGUGGGGAUGUUUUUCAUCAGCAGGGACUGGGAAACUGGUCAGAAUUGAAGGAAUGAUGGAUGGUGCUAAAUACAGGGAAAUUCUUGAAGGAAACCUGUUUCAGUCUUCCAGAGAUUUGAGACUGGGACGGAGGUUCACCUUCCAGCAGGACAAUGACCCUAAGCAUACUGCUAAAGCAACACUUGAAACUUGUCUUGGAAUGGCCUAGUCAAUCCAAUUGAGAAUCUGUGGUAUAACUUAAAGAUUGCUGUACACCAGCGGAACCCAUCCAACUUGAAGGAGCUGGAGCAGUUUUGCCUUGAAGAAUGGGCAGAAAUCCCAGUGGCUAGAUGUGCCAAGCAUAUGGAGACAUACCCCAAGAGACUUGCUGCAAAAGGUGGCUCUACAAAGUAUUGACUUUUUUUUUGGGGGGGGGGGGGGGGGGGGGGGGGGUGAAUAGCUAUGCACGCUCAAGUUUUCUGUUGUUUUGUCUUAUUUGUUGUUUGUUUCACCCAAACAAUUAUUUAGCAUCUUCUAAAGUGGUAGCCAUGUUGUGUAAAUCAAAUGACACAAACCCCAAACAAAUCCAUUUUAUUUCCAGGUUGUUAGGCAACAAAAUCGGAAAAAGUGGGGUGAAUACUUUCGCAAGUCACUGUAAGCUACGAACGAACACAAUUGCGAUUUAUCAGUGGCAAUUUGAAUGCACAGAGAUACCGUGAUGAGAUCCUGAGGACAAUUGUUGUGCCAUUCAUCCCCAGCCAUCACCUCAUGUUUCAGCAUGAUAAUGCACAGCCCUAUGUCACAAGGAUCUGUACACAAUUCCUGGAAGCUGAAAAUGUCCCAGUUCUUCCAUGGCCUGCAUACUCACCAGACAUGUCACCCAUUGAGCAGGUUUAGGAUACUCUGGAUUGACGUGUACAACAGCGUUUUCCAGUUCCCGUCAAUAUCCAGCAACUUUGCACAGCCAUUGAAGAGGAGUGGGACAACAUUCCACAGGUCACAAUCAACAGCCUGAUCAACUCUAUGCGAAGGAGAAAUGGCAAAUGGUGGUCACACCAGAUGCUGUGGUUUUCUGAUCCAUGCCCCUACCUUUUUUUUAAGGUAUCUGUGACCAACAGAUGCAUAUAUGUAUUCCCAGUCAAGUGAAAUCCAUAGAUUAGGGCCUAAUUUAUUUAUUUCAAUUGACUGAUUUCCUUACAUGAACUGUAACUCAGUAAAAUCUUUGAAAUUGUUGGUUUAUAUUUUUGUUCAGUGUAACAUUUUUUUGUCCAAAAUAGUAAUGAGUAUAUAGUACAUAUUUGUGCAUUAUAAUAAUAUAUCCGGUUCCAAACAAAGCCCAAGAUGUUUCUGUACGCCAAUGUUUUGUUACCAGUAUAUUUCCUUUUUCCUUUUGACCAUUUCCUGUUUCCUGCAGCCUGAGACCUCUCUAUAUGAGGUGCUGUUCUGGUGGUUACCUGACUUUAAUGACGAAGAUGAUGACGGGGAAACCAAACAAGGUCGAUUGAAGAAGGGGGUCAGAGAGAGGUCGCUGAAGGGCCUGAGAAGCAGGGGAACACCAGAGGGAAGACUUGUCAAAGGCAGAAAGGUGGAGGAAAAGAGGGCUAAGAGAGAGAGAGAUGAAGAAACUAAGCAGAAGAAAACGGGAAAACAGGUCAAGCUGAGAGGGGAGGAAAAACAAGUGGCGGAAGAUGGAGGAAGUUAA